UGUUCGCCAGCUAAGCGAGAGAGCUAAAGAAUGCGCCUUUUCUGUAGAAACAUGCAGUCGCUGUUUUCUUGUGUCUUAGUUAUAUUUUCAGCACUAUUGCUAGAAGUGCCUGUCGCUUCAGGCAAAGCAAAGCACCAACUGAACCACGAUGUCACGGAUGCAUUUAAGUUGUUUGAGGUCUUCCCUUACGCUGUUGCCGCGUUUGAUGCGGAUGAUGAUGGAGAUCUGGACUGUGCGAUGGUUGUGCGGCAACAGCUCGAUGAGAACCAGAAGACUGCUACCUACGUAUUUGUGCUACCGCCCGUCAAUGGACAUCAACCAGAGAACCACACCUACCAUGUAAAGGAAGGAUCAACAACCGACAAACCUGUCUACACGGUGGACGACGGUGCGGAUGGUGAGAAAAUGGUGAAUUUCAUCUAUACCAACUAUGAGAAUUGCAUCGUGGCGGACUUCCCGUUCAAGAUGAGACAAAGCUGUGGUCUAUGGGUCACCAAAGAUGUGUUGCACAGUUUCCCGCAAGAAUGCAUUGACCAGUUAGAGGACAACUGCGACAAGGCGGUCGCGGUGUUCGACGACGAAACUUGCAAGGGUGUGUUCGACAAUAUCUAGAGCACUUCUCACGCGCGUGUAUCUUUAUGAGCGUUCGGUCAUUAGUACCGAAUAAUAAAUUGCUCCAUCACACGAAACAUAACUCUCCCGUCGAUUAGUUAUUUCUAAUCUG